GCCGUGAGCAGACAUCCCCGGGGGUGACCCUCACCAACAGCCUCAUCGCCAUGAGGAACCUGCCUCCGCUGGUGGAGCCUCCAGAGAGCCGGCGAGAGUCCACACAGAGCCGACCUUCCUCACCCAGGCUGGCAGGGAGGGUCUCUGGGAACAAAGGACACCCCGAGCCCCCGCCUUCCUCUGGAUCCAUGGAACUGGUGUCACCCUCAACCAUCCGCUUGGACCGGGAGAACAUCUGCACUAUCGGGAGGCUCAGGAGCCUGCAGGAGAUUCACAGCCUCUACCUGCAGCAGAACCAAAUUGAGAAGAUCGAGAAUCUGGGCUGCUUUCCCAACCUGCGGUUCCUCUCCCUGGCUGGCAACCGCAUCCGCAGAGUGGAGAACCUGCAGCCCCUGCGACACCUGCGCGCCCUUGACUUGGCCCACAACCAGAUCCAGAUGCUGGACCCAGACGAGCUGCCCCGCAGCCUCCGUCUCCUUGACUUAACGGGAAACGAAUGCACUCGCCAGCACGGAUACAGAGAGCUGGUGGUGGGGGCUCUGCCCCACCUCCUGCAGCUGGACGGCCAGCAUGUCCGUGGCAGCAUGGGGGAGGAAGAGGAGGAAGGAGGGUCUUCCAGCAGUGAGGACGACGACAACGAGUCGCUCUCUGAGCCGAGCGGCCCCUUCUCUGCAGGCAAAGAAUUCUUUGCGGAUCUGCACCGGGAGCUGGCCGAGCGCUCACAGAGGAGGCGAAGAGAGGCCCUGAAAGAACACUGGACCCAUCUGGAAGAGCUGGAGGAGCUGCAGGAGCGUCAGG